CUCACUUGCAACUUCAAGCAUGGCACCACCACCCAAGAAGCGCAAGGCAAAUCUAGCCAACGCUCUCGCGUCGCAUAAUCAGCGUAAAGCGGAGAAGGCUCAUCAAGUCAAGGUGGACGAAGCUGUCAAGAGGAAGAAGAUCAGCGCUGCAGGUGGAGGGGCCAAGAAGGUCAAGGCGAAUGACGGCAAUGUCAGAGGCAAAGGCAAGGAGGAAGGUAGCAGGCAAGCUAUCCAGCGUCUACUCGCUGAGGAUCAGGACUCCAAUAGCGCAAUGGGAGCUACAAGCCCGGCCUCAGGCUCCAUUGCCUCCUCCUCACGGUCCAAUCAUCCCUUUCACCCCCUGGACACGAUUCUCCUCCUCGGCGAAGGAGACUUUAGCUUCACUCUUUCCCUCGCUACCCACCCGAUCCAUCCUCACUCCCCCUCGCGCAUCGUAGCCACAUCUUUCGAGCCCUCACUCUCUUCACUAAAAGCAAAAUACCCGCAGACCGCCCCUCGUAACGUCGAAAAGCUCGAAUCUCUCGGCGUCACCCUGCGCUUCGGAGUCGACGCUGCUGCACCGUUGCGUGAUGUGUUGAUCAAGAAAUGGUGCGACCCUUCAGGCCCAACAAAGGGAUUCACGAAAGUGUGGUGGGGCUUCCCGCAUGCCGGAGGUGGGGAGAAGGACGAAGCACGCAAUGUUGCUGCGAAUCAGUUGAUGCUCUGCCGCGCAUUUGUGGGACUGCGUGGGGUGAUGAGAAGAGGAGGGAAGCGGCCACGGUACGCAAGGAAGGGUGUGAAGGGAAAGGGAAAGGGACCGAAGCAGCCGCAGGGAGAUGAAGAGGAGGAUGCGGAGGACGCCGACUUCCCACUCUCGGACGAGGACGAGGAUGAGCCCACCGCCUUCUCGGGCACCAGCACCAGCGCCUACCCACCACGCCCCCUCCCUCCUUCGCACCUUGCCUCCUCCCUUCUCAUCACGCUCCGCCCCGUCAAGCCUUACACCCUCUGGAGUCUCCCUCAACUAGGCUCGCAUCGCCUUGCCGACCUCUAUCCCUUGGUAUUGCACAACGCUCCAGCCCUGCCCCGCGGCGCACCGAGAAAUCCCACCAUAGUGGAGAUCAAGGAUGCCGAGCGAAACGGUGGCAACUGGGAAGUCUGGCGCAGUGUCGAGUUUAGGCCAGGGGACUGGGAGGGGUACAGGCAUGUCACUACCAGCGGAGGGAGGGAGGCGCACGAUAAGGGUGGGGGAGGGAGAGGAAGUGGACUGUUGGAUGGUGACGAGGAGACGGGCAAGGGGAGCGCGGAGUGUAGGACGUGGGAGUUCGGGCUGAGCGGGACGGCACAGUGACUUCUGAGCACGAAUGAAGGGUAUCUGUAUUUCGUAGCGUUCCAAUCUGCUGCUCUUUGCGACGUCGUGA